ACAUAUUCAGUCUCAUGCAAGAGUAAUUCAGUCAUUUCUUAUAAAAGAUAAGCCGAGUGACUUUAAUGCACAGGACCAACACUACAGAAGGUCAGGUGUUGACAGCUGCAGGGCAGACUCACAACUUCAAACCCACCGGGAUGAUAAAUGCAAACUACCUAAGCAUAAAUAACUCUCAAUUUCCACUUCCUCAUUCCCUCUCAAUUCUUGUAUCAUCAUCACAUUAUUAUCUCUACCAGGCUUUCUCCGUCUCACUACCUUAGUCUCCGUCUCCGGAUCCGGGUGUCCAAGACUAGACCCCGCCUGCUGCCCGCCGCCCGCCCGGACCUCCGCAUCUCCGCCCCGGAGCUUCUUCAAUCAUUCACCUUGGCCAAAUCAUUGGUCACAGCCUGGAUUGCGUUCACUUCAAAACCCCUAAACAAAAUGGCUACACCUGCCAACACUGCUGCUGAGGCCCUCGCUUCUGAGCAGACAUACUUUGCUCAGAACCCUCCUCCCCGCAAUUUAUCAGCCCACACAGCUCUCGCCGCUGGCUUCAUCUCCUCUCACGCCGCUGCGGGCCGUCGCGUUGUCCUCGUCACAUCGGGCGGCACUACCGUCCCUCUUGAGAAGCAGACUGUUCGGUACAUCGACAACUUCAGUGCUGGAACUCGUGGUGCUACGAGCGCCGAGUACUUUCUCGAAGCUGGAUAUGCCGUCAUCUUCCUCCAUCGUCAGUUCAGUCUGCUGCCGUACUCGCGACAUUAUUCGCAUGCUACCGAUUGCUUCUUGGACUUUUUGACUGAGGAUGGAAGUGGAAGAAUUGGUGUGAGGAGUGAGGUGCAGGAUAAGAUGCAGGAGGUGCUGAGAAAGUAUCGCAAGGCGAGAGAUGACAAUAUGCUUCUCACACUACCCUUCGUCACUAUUGUCGACUAUCUCCAUGAGCUGCGAGAAAUUGCCCGGCUCAUGCGUCCUCUCGGUCCAUCUGGUCUUCUCUACCUCGCCGCAGCCGUUUCGGACUUUUUCGUUCCUCCUGAUCGUAUGGCCGAGCACAAGAUCCAGUCAACCAACGCCGUUGAGCAGAAGCGACCAGACGAUGAAGAGACUUUUGAUAACUUUGACUCAUCGCCAUCUGUCCCACGCUCAAAGCGCCUCGUCAUCGACCUCGAUCCCGUCCCCAAGUUUCUCAAGAAUCUCGUGGAUGGAUGGGCGCCAGAGGGUAUGAUUGUGUCCUUCAAGCUUGAGACGGACCCAGCGCUUCUGGUGCGCAAGGCUCGCUACAGUCUUGAUCGAUAUCAGCAUCAUCUCGUUAUUGGAAAUCUUCUGUCUACGCGCAAGUGGGAAGUUGUGUUUGUGAGUCCUAAGAGGGAAGAUAACUGGGUGCGUGUGCCCAGGGAGGGCGGUUGGGGAGAAGCUGAGGGCAGGCCGCUUGUGGCAGAGGAGUUGCCAGGUCAGGAACCAGAUGUCGAGAUUGAAUCGCUCAUUAUUCCUGCGGUGCAAGAGCUUCAUGGUGAGCAUAUCAAGGCGCAGAAACAGAAGUAGGCCAUGCUCUCGGUUCAAGAAAAUUGCGGAAUACCUAGAUAGAAUGCUCUGUACAACGAGGUGAGCAAAAGCAUACAAAGCAAUAACUAUGAUAUUUUCCUACGUAUUGUGGUAUCUAUGUAAAACAACUCGCAGCAAUGAUAUUGACAUUCUUAACUCUUUUUAGUAUCCAGAACUCCGUUCCCAAGAUAAAUGCAAUACUUUUAAAGGUGUCAUGAUUUUGUGUGUUCAGUUCUCGAUAAAAGACGACAGCCGUUCAGUCUCGAGGUUUGAUUCCGUUAGAUGCUGAUGUGCUCGAUGAAUGUUCAAAGGGCAGCCUUCCAGUUGUGCCAGCCCAACAGAGUGACCUUGGCCAGGAAGAGUGAGAUCAUGGAUGCCACGUAAACGGCACCAGUCAAGAUGAUUAGACCCCAGUAUUCACCACCAUUGGCUUGGACAAUGCUACCACCAAUGGGAAUACCGAUCAGACAAGCAAAAGACACGAUUGUAUAUGCCGUAGCAUAAUAGCGUCCAUACUCUUGCGUCUUGCACAGUCGACCAAUACAGACAGGCGCAAUGGCAAUGGACGUUCCCGAGGAGAAACCAAACAACACGGUGAAGAUAAUGACACCAGCUGUGGUUCCACCAAGAGGUAGCCAUACGCAGAAGCAGGCCACAAUGGCAAGGAUCACAGCCAGGAUGCUGACGUUAAAAGGACCGAUCACAUCGGCAUAGUAGCCAGGCAAAAGUCGACCGAUGACCGAACCAGCGUUGAGGAUAGGGAUGAGGUUGUAGGAAAAGUCCUUUCCGAAGCCCUUGUGCAGCGCAUAUGUCGAGAUGUAGCCGAGAGGAAUGAAGAGGGAGAACUCCAACAUGAAGACGCCAAUCGUGGUGAAGAGGAAAGGCAGACUCUUGAAGAUGAGAAAGUUGGGGUGCGCAGUAGCGUCCUUGGCGGGUGGAAGUCGGGAUUUGAGAAGGCAGAUACCGAUCAAACUGCAGACGAGGCAGAUGAGAGCAAUGACUCGAGUUGCCCAUCCGUAACCAAUCUUUUCGAUUAGCCUCGUCAACAUGAAAGGGUAGAUGAUACCACCCAAUCCACCAGCAGUAGAUGCAACACCAGUCGCUAGUCCACGUCGAGCCUUGAAGAAGUGGCCUACAGCAGCGAUCGAGGGGGUGAAGAGUAGUGAUGAUCCAAAACCGCAGAGGAGGCCAAAGGCGACGACAAAGUGCCAGAGUUCUAUAACAGUCAGCACAUCAACCCACAAAGCCAAAGAGAACUUACCAGUCGCAAAACUCAUAAAGAUCAUACCACCAACGGUGAACGCAGCGCCAGCAAUGACAAGCCAUCUCGGACCAUACUUAUCAAAGACAGGACCAAUGUACACACCGCAGAAGAAGGCGAGAAAGGUGUAGAUAGAAAAGAUCCAACCAACGGUACCCUCGCUAUACUCUGUGAGUUGGUUGUCGAGAACAUAGGCCUGAAAAGUGCCGAGGGUGUUCAUUAGUCCAAGCGAAGCGAAUAGAGAGAACCACGAACCAGCGACCACGGACCACGCCUGCAAGCCGCCCUCGGGAUACGUUUCCUGGAACGACGCUGUCGAUGCUGCAGUCGGUUGCUUCUCUAGAUCGGUCCCCGUCUUGCCAUUGUUUUCGUUUCCUUGGUCGAUCUGGUUGACAUGAUCGUUGAUCUCGUCAUCCUCGUAGAGGGCACGAGAUGUGACUUGGUGACAAUCCAUUGUUGGUGGCUCUGAGCAAUCGUAAUGUUCCUUUUCCGUCCCCGAAUACCUAGCACGCUCUUCUUCCUUCUUUUACAAUUGUCGUAGCAUAUCAGAGACGUAGUUGAAAACUCGGGGGUGAAAACAAAAGAUCAGACAUGCUUAAAUAUAAGAAUGAUCGGAUUUCGGCGUGGCCCCGGGUCGAAAAAUCCAGGCCCGCUUUCGGAGUGCGGCCUGAAUUGCCGUAGUGGUCGAGUUUCUCGUUGACAUGAGAGUAAUGAAAACUCAUCAUUUGUUCGUCAAGGUUCUUGAGCUCCACCCUUUACACGGAUAUAUACGGUCGUAAAUCCAACUGAGAGAGACUUGUUGGGUCUAAACCCAAAACAUGGUAGACGCCUUCUCAAUACAAGUCCCAUUGUUAAUGCAGCCCAAUUUGCCAUCUUUUCUCCUCGGAAACGGGGAACGUUGUCGGUCAAGAUAGUCAGCGCACUUGGUCCUCCGCCAUUGAAUUGUGGGUGGUCAGAUGGGUCCUCUACCCCAGCUUUGUCCCUAUGCCGCUGUCUUAACCGGCCUCAACCCCUCGAGCUCGUUUGUUGGUCUGAGUCACAUCGCUCUUCUGAUAGGCUUGAAGAGUCGUGAUUGAAUGGGUUCGCCCAAUUAUAUCCUUUUUGGGAAGCAUUUGGUCGGGGAAUUAUGCAUUACUAUCUGUCAAUUGCAUCAAUGGCACCAUAGCUGGCUGAACUAACCUCCUCUCCAGAAUCAAGCCUCUUCGUCUUCCACAUCCUCCAUAGUCACAUGCCGUGAUGAUUGGCCUUGAUCGGGUCGUGCUUCCGCGUUACGAUCUCCCGUUUUGAGAUAGCCCUCUUGUUCUAGUCGAUCCGCUUCCUCCGGCUCUAUUAAACCUCCUUGACCUUGGCCCUUGUUCAUCUUCAUCUUAACUGCCGUAGGCACAAAUGCCGAAACAGCCUCUUUCCUGAGAUCGCGCACCACAGGCUUGGCUUCGUAUACUGUUUUCGCUUCGACGACUGGCGCUUCCUUCUUUUGUUGUUUGUUCUCGCCGUCCGGCCUUGUUGGGUUCUCCGCCGCUCUCCUUGCUCGUCGUUCGGCAUACCAUUUGUCCAUGACUUCUUUGGGAAUCGGCGGUGGUGUAUCUCGGGGCAUAGGAAUACUCUUGACAUCGUCGGGAACCUCCUCGUCGCUUGUCGUAGCAUCAUUAGAACCUCUGCGCCUCUUCCCUAAUACCCCAGAUCCUGAGUCGUGAUCUCUGUUCCAUCCUCGGCUGAAUGUGGGCGCUUUGUCGCCAAGUGCUUCUCUGGCCUUCUUCACUGCUUUAAGUUCCUUUUCGAGCCCUUCUAAUGUUUGUUCCUCGUGAUGAGUAAGCUUGCCGCCGCUUGAUGUGAUUUUCUUGAGGUCGUCGAUCUGUUUUUGAAUGCGUUCGGGGUUCUUUCGCGAUAGCUUCUCGUUUAGGCGUUCUUGUCUUUCAUGCUUGCCUGUGAUGCCGAUUAGAAAGUCAAAUGUGAUCAUCAGAACUCGUC